AGAUUAGGGGACUUUUGGGAGGGACGGGGGAAAUAUCUGGACGCAGACACUGGGCCGCGCUGCUUCUCCGUCCCACUAAAUCAUCGCCGCCGGCUAGCCGCAGGAGCUCGCCGCCGCGCCGAGGCCGAAACCGCCGUCGCGUGUUUGUGAAGCUCUCGAAAAAGGGGCGCGCAGCAUGAGAGCGGCCGUGAACACACCACCUCCGCACUGCUACUCGCGCCGCCGCGCCAGCGCCACGCUGCUGGAUGCGCGCCAUGUGUUCGACCACGUGCCGCAGCGGCCCCUGCCGACCCUGGCAGCGGAACUCCGCGCGCGGCCCGUGGCCGCGGCCACCCGGAGGCCCGCGCAGCGCUCGGCCGCGUCUGCGGCUGCCCCCACCUGUGGCCCCGCUUCAGUUCCUCGUUUGUUUAGGACAUUCCUGCAAAUUCCAGCUGCCUCUUCUUCAACUUCUCGCGUGCGUUUAACUCUGUCUGCGUUCUUGCCAUCAAGACGGAACUUUGAAGGCUAUAUUCCUCGUAGCUGCUCCAGUUCAUCGAUCCAGAUCUAUAGCCGGUCAUCUCUGUUAAAUCUAUCACCAACUUCUGCUCUCAUGGUGUCCUCCCAGCUCACCUCCUCUGACGUAGCCCAGCGUUCAGAGGAAUGGUUUGCUCUUCGCAAGGACAAGCUCACCACUAGCACCUUCAGUACUGCUUUGGGUUUCUGGGCUGGCAACAGAAGGGCAGAGCUGUGGAAUGAGAAAGUCUUUGGAGCAACAGAGAUCAAGCUGCCGGAUACUGCUAGGUCUGCCAUGGACUGGGGGACGCAUCAUGAAAGCAUAGCCAUAGAGCAGUACACAAGCAUCACAGGAAGACUGGUGGGCACCCUUGGCUUCGCAGUGCACACCGAGGCCAACUCCGGAUGGCUCGGAGCUUCGCCUGACGGAGUCCUUGGGUGUGAACCGGACGGCGGGAUCCUAGAAGUCAAGUGUCCGUUCAACAAGGGCAAGCCCGAGCUCGCUCUGCCUUGGCGCGCCAUGCCGUACUACUACAUGCCGCAGGUGCAGGGCCUGAUGGAAAUCAUGGGCAGGGACUGGGUGGAGCUCUACUGCUGGACGCCCAACGGGAGCAGCCUGUUCCUGGUGCCACGGGACCGUGCAUACUGGGCGCUCAUCCAUGAGGUGCUGCGCGACUUCUGGUGGGGCGACGUGAUGCCUGCGCGGGAGCUGGCGCUCCUGGGCAAGGAAGACGAGGCGAGAUCCUUCAAGCCUCAGCCCAAGCACCGGCUCACGAACCUGGUGCUGUAUAGGAGCAGGAAGCUGGCCUCCGAGGCCAAGCUAUUGUGUAUGGAUGUUGGCGGCCAUGUAGAAUUCUUCAAAUGAGAUGUUCUGCCGUCGAUUGUACACUGUGUUAUGACUAUUCUUUAAAUUGAUUGACUCAUGAUUGCGUUACCUUCAAAUAGUCAUGUUCUUUUUUGUUCUGUUUAAA